AUGGACCAAUCUCGAAGAUCUGGUAUUGAGGAUUUGCUAAUAACUGGUCGAAUUCCUCAGUACAUUGGAGAUUGGCCUUCAUUAACUUACCUGUUUCUCACAAGAAAUAUGCUUACUGGGUCGAUUCCUUCCUGGAUUUCUAGCGUCAUCAAUGAUGAAGCAGAUAAUGCAGCAUCAAAUUUUUAUGUAGAUCCUAAUGGAAAAUGGGCUUAUGCUUGUUCAGGAGAUUUCUCAAAAGAUGACAUUAACAAUCCAAUUGAUUACAUAAGAAACACUACAAGCGAGUCCUCAAUAUUUGAAACCGAUAUGGGACCAUUGUACAAAGCAGCUAGCCUUUGUCCAGUGUCGCUCUGUUACUACGGCUUUUGCCUGAGGAACAGCAACUACACCGUCAAACUUCACUUUAAUGAAAAUACCUUUGCUCGUGAUUCUGAUAAUGCCUACAAAAUAUUAGAGCAACACUUCAAAGUUUGCGGAGAGAAGCUCUCUCCUCGACAAAUAGCAGGGAUUGUUGUAGGUGCUGUAUUAACUCCAUUGCUUGUAUUGGCAUUCAUGUGGAAAAUGGGCUGCCUUAAAAGCAAAGAGCUACAAAGUGAGACUCUAUACACUGCACGCAUGCAUACAGAAAUACACAUAGAAGGCAAAUCUUUCACCCUCCAACAAAUAAUAGAUGCUACUCGAAAUUUUAACUCCAAAAUGGAGAUUGGAAAAGGGCGUUAUGGGAUAGUAUACAAGGCUGAACUUCCUGAUGAAAUUAAAUUAGCAGUGAAGAAGAUUUCUCCUGACAUAAAUCAGCAAGAGAAGAAUGAAUUAAAAAGUGAAAUUUUCAGCCUGAAAUCAUUGAGGCAUGAGAACGUGGUUCAAUUGUUGGAUGGCUAUUGUGAUAAGAAAGGCCUUUAUCUGCUAAUAUAUGAGUAUAUGGAUAAUGGCUCCCUACAUCAGGCCUUGUUCUCAAAAGGUUUGAAGUAUCUACAUGAAGAAAAAAGAUUUGACAUUGUUCAUGGAAAUAUAAAAGCUGCAAAUAUUCUGCUUGACAAAUCUUACACUGCUAAGUUAUCGGACUUCGGAUUAGCAAGGCUUUGCCGUGAGGAAGAUCCAUUCGUGUCUAUCAUCAAAGCAAGAGCAAGCAGAUGUUUACAGUUUGGAGUUGUUCUACUUGAAAUUGUCAGUGGGAAAAUCAGUGCAGAUCAUGCGCGAAACGGGGAAAAUGAUUUCCUCCUUGACAAGAUAAGUGAGGCUUAG